CCGAGAAGCCUCCUCGGGCGGGCGCCUGGGGGGCGGGGCGGGGGUCAUGUCUACGGGCUCUCUGAGUGACACCGAGGAGCUGCCGCAGAUGGACCUGAGAGGGCUGCCGCUGGGCUACGCCGUGCCGCCCCGCUCCAAGCGGCAUCCCCGAGGAGAGUCCUGUCCCUCCGUGGACAGUUCCUCCGCUGCGGAGGAAGACGAGGAGGAGGAAGAAGAGGGCUGCGGCGCUCGCAAGAAGAGGCGGACGAAGGGAGCGCCCGAAAGCAAAAGGCAGGCGCCGUCCGGACGCAGCGCCACUGCCGAGUGCAAGCAGACUCAGCGUAACGCGGCCAACGCGCGCGAGAGAGCCCGCAUGCGCGUGCUGAGCAAGGCGUUCUCGCGCCUCAAGACCAGCCUGCCCUGGGUGCCGCCGGACACGAAACUCUCCAAGCUGGACACGCUGCGCCUCGCCUCCAGCUACAUCGCCCACCUGCGGCAGCUGCUGCAGGAGGACCGCUACGAGAAGGGCUACGUGCACCCGGUCAACCUGACCUGGCCAUUUGUGGUUUCAGGAAGACCAGAAUGUACACCAAAGAGGUUUCUACAGCCAACAGAUUAUGUGGAACUACAGCAUAGUUAAAGAGAAAGCAGUACUUGUUGGGUAUGGCUACAAACCACCUUGGUUUUUAAUGGACCAAAUCAAACUGGUACAGACUAUACAGUAAAUGUCUGGUAAAAUCCACUACUUUUGUUCAGUUGGAAGAAAAGGUGCACUUAACUAUACUAAAGAAAAGAAGAUGGUUUACUGAACUUUCGGCUUUAGCAGAAGUAGUAAGUCUGGAAGGCCUUCAUUUGCGUUGCCUGAACAGUGAACAGUGCCUGAAGAACUCAUUCUGAAGUUUUUUGACUAACUAAAGAGGAUAUACAAGAGAAAGAUAAUGAUAUAAUUAACAGCAUGGACCAAAAAUAUAGAUUGUACAAGCUAAUCCUGAACAGUGUUAUUUGUAUGCCAAAGAAAAGUAGUAAUCUAGAAUAGCGUUUAAACUCAAAUUUAUAAUAUAUUUGAUUUUUGUGUUCUUGGCAGCUAUGCAAUAGUAAGACUACUGUUGUUUUAGCCGCAUUCUCUUAAAAGCGGAAGAUGAAAAGGUAGCUUCCACUUGCUCCUUCAAGGUCCUCUCCAUAAAUGCAUUAAAUCAAAUUACUUGAAUGCAAGCAGAGCACAUGCAUUCUCACAAAAGUGGGUGGAGCCACAUUUGCUUGAAUGGUUGCUGACUGGGCCCUAAAUGGGUCAUGGAUGGCAACCAUAGAAAACAUCUGGUUGGAAAUAGGUUAACUGACCAUAGUCAUAGGGUGUAUUCAGGCAAAUUGGAGCAAUUGUCUAAACCAUUGGAAGUCUAUGAACUUGAGAUGAAGGAGGUAUGCUAUAAGAGGUGAGAACUUUAUUUUUUAACAUAAUGGUUUGGAAAAGAUCAGGACAUUUAAAAAAAUUCAGACCUGUUGGCCCUAUGAAAUGUUAUCUUUCAUAGUGUUAUUUUUGCAAACGGUAUAAUCAGUAUUUCAAAUGUAAGUAAUUUUAUUUUUAUACAUGAUAUUAAAAGCUUUGUUAAGGAUCUUA